GGAUUUUAACAAGCAAAGAAUCACCACUAAUGGGCUAAUAGUUCCUACACCCUUAAUUUAUUGAAUUGGCAGAAUAACGUGGUUGACAGGUGCUAAUGGUAUUGCCAUGGAGAAAUGUCUUCAGCCUUUAAUCAUCCUGUUUUUAGCCUUCCAUUCAUUACCCAGUCAUUUUCUUAAGCUGUAUGGUACGUGUAUCCCCUGCUCUACCUGUGACACAGGAGUUUCUCAAGAAAGCAAAGCCCUUUUAUACCAGCCAGGAGCUGGGCCACAAGAUCCCCAGGGACACAGGGUGGGAAAAGGCACCUCAGAGCAUCCCUAGGGACCACAGCGAUGCAUCGCCAGCCUGCCGUUCCUGCUUCGCUUCCUCAGCUUUCCUUAACAGUCUCCCACCCCCAGGCUUCUCGAGUUGCUGAGCUGAACACAGACCUUGAGGAUCUGACCACAAGAUGUCACAGUUUCCUCGCUGAGAUGGACCGUCCUGCCCGUGUCCUGCUCCCCAGCCUUCACCACGUUCUUCCUCGUGUAGCUGUAUAAACACAAACGCUUUUAAUUGAGGCGAGGGUGUGGGAUUUUGUUGUGAUGGUGGAGUUUGUUUUGUUCUGUUUUGUUUUUUUUUGGCAAAGCAAGCUUGUUCAUUGUGUCCUGGGCGAAGUCAGGCAUUGAUGGUUCUAGGUCACUUAGAGGUUAUCAGUUCAGGGUAUAAAAUAGAAGUUAUCCUAGAUUUAGGGUAGUCCAGCCUGCAGAGGUAAAUUUUGAGUUAAAGCAGAGGAAAAAACUAGUUUGAUUUUGCAUACAAACACUUCUUGGUGCUGCCUGGAGACACUGGUCAAGCACAGCUCCCCCACAGGCUUCGCAGGUGAUGCAGCAGGCUCAGGAAACACUCAUCACCAUGGUGUAGACUCGAGGUUUUUAUGUUCUUUAUAAUCUAUUGCUAACAUUUUUUGCUGCCUGGGAAGAUAUCUGCUUAGCCUGGAUGGGGUCCUGGGGGCUGAUGAAAUCAGCUCAGAAAUACAGUGAGAAAGAAGUUUAAUCUCAGAAUAGUGACUGAGGAGAACCUGAUGAGUUUUUCAGAAUACAGCUAUGGGCCUUUUGGGGUGGUCCUUUAUAGCCUGCAAAUUGAAUUCAAGACCUAAUUCAUGGCCUGUGCAAGCAAUUGCUAUGGAUGCUCCAAACAAUUGGCACUUUCUUUCAUGCCCGCCUGGCUGGUGCCUGUUCCUGGCUGGAGCCAGAGUUUCUCAUUCAGUGUCUGUGCCCUCUGCACCAGCUCCAGGGCACCAGGAGGAAACCUUUGCUCUACCAGCCAUGUGGGGGAAAAAAAACCCUCUAGCAAUAAAGCAGAGUUGUUGAGUGGAGCAGAAAGGACGGAAAGGACCUUUUCUGGUACCUGUGGGAAGAGCUGCGGAAGCGGACGGAUGUUUGCUCUGCCCACUCGUGCUCGUGAUUGCUUGUCCUCUGACAACAUUGCUGCCGUGGGGUCUGGCCAUGUCCCCUGGGGAAGGUGCUGCUGUCCCACUGCUUGCUGCAGAGCAGAGCACCGUGUGCUCCAACCCCAGGGGUGGCCAGGACAGGACUGACCUCCAGCCCUUCGCUCUCUCCUGCCCAGGGGACCGUGAGAACAUCCUGGGGGCCCCGGUGUUCCCACCAGCUGAAGAGUUCAGCUCAGCUCAGCACGGGACAGCAGGUCCCUGUAAGGAAUGGGCUCAGCGGCAGCUGGGUGAGCUCUGUCACCUAUACCCACAAGCAGUGGUUUAGCAAAGGAGCAGGUUUGGUGGCAGCCAGGGAAAUCUCCUGUAAUGUACGAGCUCAGUGCAAGCGGGUAGGCAGUGGUGAUACACAUUUCUUGUGUGCCAGCUGCUUGGGGGUUCCUCUUCUUGAGAAACAUAACUGAAGAGCAAGCACCACAGGCUGGUCCUCUUCUCCUAUUGAGUGGGUUUGGUGGCUGGAUCCCUGUGCCCUGCACAGCCUGAGGGUCAGGCGAGUCGGUCCCAUGGGGACCACAUGUGCUGGGAGCUUCUCAGCAGUUUGGGAAUCCUGCCUGUGGCAGGGCUUUCUUUGCAAUGGAUUUGCUGGCUGUAGGGAAUUUGGAAAGGUUCAAGUUUGAAGCUUUAUCUUCUUCUGCUAGAACUAUGAGAUGAGCCUUUAAGCAGUUUGCGAACCCUGCACACAAGCUCAUGGUUUCAGCAGCGAGCAGCAGCCUGCCAGAAAAGAUGAACAAUUAUCAGCACAUGGUUUACUGGAUCCUACUGUGCCCUUUGUGCCAUGACUGACGUCUGAAAGAGGAAAGACUUCUCUCUGAAAGAAAUCCCAGCCUUGCUGCUUGCUGGUGGGCAGUGGAAGGAGAAGUCAGCUGGGAUGAAACAGCUGAUUUCCCCACAAGGGAUGGUGACACCCCAUGUUCCAUGUGAUGUUUGUUCCAUCUUUGUCAGUCCGUAUGUCAUUGACUCAUUUUUUUCAGCUAUUUGUCAUUAAAAUAAGCCUUCCCUGACACAACAGUAAGAUGAGAAGUGUAAAUCCCGAACAGUGCUUUGCAUCCCAGCUCUGUCCUGUAGUGGGGUUGUUCAUCAGGCUUCACUUCACAGGUUUGGCCACUCGCUUCAGGAGUUGCCAGCAUUGCUGAUGUGAAUUGCCUUAAAACAUCCUCUUUAUUUUGAAUCCUGGGUCUCUGGUGCCAGCUGCCUUGGUUUCCUAUCCUGCAUCUCUCAGCAACUGCAUCCAGGAUCCUCUCAGAGAGCAAGACAGCACUGGAGCAUGGAGGGCUUUCAAGCAAGACUGGGGCACCUCUCUGCCGCUGGGUUGAGAGCCCGUGUCUACUGUGAAGACUUUCUGUUCCCAAAGGUGUGUAGGACCGUGGCAGACCUCUGGUCAAUUUACUCCAAGCCUGUCCCAGCAAACAGCAGAGAGCUGUGGACCUUGUUCCUGCAGAGCUGCUGCAUCGCGGCGGUCAUAGGAGGACUCUUUUACAACUGGAUGUUUGCUUCCCUGGAGUAUUCCUGGCAUCUCUCUGUUGCAAUGACCAUCUCCUUCAGCCUGCUCCUUCUCCUGACCCUUUUCUUGGUGCAUCCUGCCCGUUGUGUCUUCAGUAUGAUCAUGCCUAUGUUAGGUACCAAACAAGGCCGGAAGCUUCUUUUGUCAACCUGCACCAUGAUUGUAGUGGUUAAUAUAACACCCAACAUCAUGAGCAACAUUAAAACCAUACUGCAGGUUAUUAAGUGCAUCUGUAAGAAUACCUCGGAGAGUCUUUUGAACUCAACUUCUCUGCUAGGGACAGCGUCCUGGGAGUUUGGGGAUGCCAUCCAAGAAAAUGUUAAUUCCAUUAACAUUGGUAGUCCUAUGAAUGGACAUUUUUGGUUUUCACUGCUUAAGAACAGCUCCUUCACUUACCAACAAAUGCAGCUUGCUGGUGAAAAAAUUGGGAGGGACUUUUUGGCUGUCGAGGUACUGGUCAAAGACUCCGUACGAGUAGGCAACAAGCUGGUUGCUGGCUUCUCCAUGCUUUAUCUCUGCUUUGAGUCUACCUGGUAUUUGAAAAAUUAUCUCACCAACCUCCGUUUUGACAAUUUUUACAUCACCAAGAAGCUGGAGCUUUUAGCUGCAGACAGAAAAGCAGCUCAUCUGCUGGUGGGCCCAUCCAAGAACCUCAUUCGGCCAACAGGCUUGAAGUUGUCCCGGGAAGAAGUGAUGCUGUGCCUCGUGCAAGCCAUGCUCCUCACCGUGGCCCUGAUGCUGAUGCUGGUGGUCAUGGCCAUGGACCACUUUGCAUUCAGCGUGGCAGACACCGCGGUGAGAAAGGCGGCUCAGUUCUCCGUGGUGCCCGUCACACUCGGCAUCAAAUACAGGGCUAAAAUAGGGAUCCUGCCCUUUCUUCCAAAACUUUUACGGCUUCCUUCUGAAGAACUACCUCUUCAGGACUUUGAAAGAAGCUACCACUACUAUCUGACCUUCAGCUCUGCCCACUGCAGCAUCAGCCCCCCGACACCUCCCAGCCCCUCGGUGCUGCUCGCCGUGGGGCUGCUCUUCUGCAUCCUCUACACCACCGUGUUCCUGCAGACCUACGCACGCCGCCUGUGCAGGAGAAUCGCGGGCUCCUUCUUUGAAAGCUGGGAGGAGAAGCGAGCGCUUUACCUCUACAAGAAGCUGUCCAGGAGGCACAAGGAGGAGCAGAACCAUGUGAGAAGCUAAGGGCACUUCUGGAAAUGCAGGGGAUGGGACCUGUGGCAGUGGCCGGGCACGGGCUGCUGCAAUGGGAUCAUGCAUUUAAUUUUCCAGAGUCAGAGAAAUGUUCGGAGUCUGGGGAAAAUAUUUGUGCAAAAAAAAAAAGGUGGAAUGUCACAUUUUCAAUUCAUUUGAGAAAAAUGGGAUAAAUUUA